UAAACGUUAGCGGAGGAAGAGGUGGGUAAAGACGUUCGAGAACGGAUAUGGAUUUGUCAUCAUGGCGGGAGGCAUGAAAACAGCAGGCGGCUUCAUUUCGACCACAACCCAGAUAACGCUGUUUGUCGCGCUGUUCUUCAGCUUUCCACCGAAGUCACAGCAGCAUACGGGUUCUAAAAAUCCUGUGGUGGAUCUACAGGAUGGAGAGGUUUACAUCUUAUCAGGGUCCAAUCGGUUCUGCUACAAAAACAUCAUUGUUCCAACCUGGAAACAGACCUGGACAGGGAUUCAGAUCAAGGUCUGGAGUUCCGGUGUGUUCAAGGUGAUAACAGUGGAAGGUGAGGAUGAGCUGCAGGAACUGGAGCGAUUUAGCGUAUGGACCUGGUUCAGGGGGUUAUUACUUGAACGAUACAACGAAACCACCAUUACCAUCAACCUGUUCAGCAAGAAUACCUGCUUCAGGGUCGACCCCAGUGGGGACAGCCAGUACACCAUUAAACCUCUGCGAAAGUUUGAUAUCUACCUGUUCCUGGUCUUUCUUACUGGGGUGCUGUUGCUGUUCUUUGCAGACUUACUCAGCAGGAGUCAAGUUUUCUUCUACUCUUCUGGAAUGAGCAUAGGCAUGAUCGCCUCCCUCCUCGUCCUCGUCUACAUUUUGGGACGUUUUUUACCAAAGAAAGGCCCUUUUUAUCUGCUAAUUGCCGGCGGCUGGUCGUUCUCGGUCUAUACCAUUCAACUUGUGUGCAGGAACCUCAAGAUAAUUCUGCAGGAACACUGGAACAUGGCUUUAGUUUAUGUUGUGGUGGUGGGAUUCGUCAGCUUUGCCAUCUGCUAUCGCUACGGUCCCUUGGUGAACGAGAAGAACAUCAACAUCAUGUCGUGGACGCUGCAGCUGCUGGGCCUCCUCCUCAUCUACAUGGGAAUUCAAAUUCAACAGGUGGCCUUCGCCGUCAUGGUGGCAGCUCUGCUGUCCAAAAAUCUGGAGUACCCAGUCCUUCUGGGACUGACCGUGUUUAGGAAAAUGAGACGGUUUGUAAACUGGAAGCCAGAGCCACGUCGUCUGUUGACUGAGGAGGAGUAUCAGAAAGAAGCGGAUGAGGAGACCAGACGUGCCCUAGAGGAGCUCAGGAAGUACUGCAACAGCCCAGAGUUCAGUCCAUGGAAGGCCGUGUCCAGGCUUCAGUCUCCACGAAGGUUUGCUGAUUUCAUGGAGGGCUCGUCUCACCUGAUGCCGAACGAGGUGUCGGUCCACGCGCAGGAAUACGGCUUUGGAGGAACAUUCUACGAAGAUGAAUUAUUUGACACUGACGAUGAAGAGGAUGAAGAGUUGAAGCCUCUGAUGAGAACAGAGUGGGAGGACACACACACAGAGACACACACACCCCUAGUGGUGGUUGUUGUAAUUGCCUUUCAGAAAGGUGCUAAAGAAACAGUUCUCCAGAACCUGUGAAGAAAAGUCCUGCUGCUCCAGUAGUGAACUGUGAGGGUGACUUCAGUCUCAGCAGCUUAAAGCAGUCACUACAGCCACACCAGGCAGCACUGUUGGGUCACAUUCAGCCACAGGGGGCGCCAUCAUUUCAGGGGAGCAAUGGUUUAAAUCUACGCUUAACGAACUCUGCGGUUGAGGCUGGUUUGAUUUGAAUGGUUUUUAAUUUUGUCUGUGGACGUUUCAGUCGGUCAGCAGAGCAACAGAACGUCAGCUGCUGAUACGACAGGAAUUUUUGUCUUUUUUAAUUCCGUUAAUUCCGUUUUUAAUGGGCUUCAUCAACAAAGGUGACGCGAUACUUUCAAUAAAAAAUGUGUUAGCCCCAACGUGUUUGUAUUGGUGUCAUUGGACAAGAGGCUGGAACUCAAAGGGCAGUGAUUUCAAGUCGGGGGCAACACAGGGGAACAGGUGGAUCACAUGUUUGCCUUACAGCCAAAAAGAUUGCUGGUUCGAUCUCUAGUCUUUCAGUGUAGAAAGAACCUGUUCUGGGUUUGUUAGUUGUAUACUCCCACUUACCACAAGUAUUUUUUUUUUAGCGAGGUCGUGAAAUGCUACCAGGACAGAAAACAUGGGGGCGGUGUUGCACAGUACAGCUAAUGUGUGGGUGUAAAAGGAACAGGAAGAAGAAGAUGACAGAACAACAGAAACGUUGCUAUGGUAUAACUCGGAUAUGAUCUCUCUACUCAGCACUGCCCCUAGUGGAACAACCAUGCCAUAAGACGUAUGAUGGUUAAAAUGGAUACACUGAAUGAAAAGGAACCAGAUGGUGCAAUGGAGCUUUUUUUUGUGUGUGUCUCUUCAUGUGACCCAGUGAUGAACUGAGGAAUUCUGAUUUCCACCCUAUGACUGCUGGGAUACGCUCUCAUUCCUACUGCCCUGAAAAGGAUGAAGCAGUUGAAAAUGAAUGAAUGGAUGGAUCUUUAAAUGUAGAAUGUUCACUCUCCUGUUUGCCCAGCAGGGGGUGUUAUAACUGCAUUUCUACAACAUGGAACCAGGUUCCAGCUGCUCUGGUCAUCACUGUAGUCCAGCACCGAGUGGCCUAAGACCUGAGACUGACUCUGACAAUGCAGUGAAAAGUUGAAGGAGGUCAGACAUUGACUGGUUCUUUUCUAUGUGAUCUUACUGAAGAGUUUGAGACACAAUUUGGAAUUUUAUUACAGGAAGCUGUGAAAUGUCAGAAGUUGACUUAAAAACAAAGAACCACAAUUACUUACUAGGGAUGACUUGGUCGGACUUCAGGAUUGGUAUCGCUCUAAUGUUGGUCUAAAGAUUUAAGGAUGAAACAUGGAAAACUAAAGCCUGUUAGCUCCGAUUACCUACACCCAAACAGGGGCGCUAACGCCUCGGCAACGGAGGAGAAAAGAAGGUAUUGGAUUGAGACAUGAAAAAGUUGUAUCGCUCUUCCCUACUACUUAUUAUACGUAUUCCUUUUUUAUAUUAAUUUAUAUUUUUCCCAAUUAUACUGCAAUAUAAUAUACAAAUAUGCCCCAUCACACAUAUUUUGUAAAUAUAUUUGACUGAAUAUACUGAUUCUGCCUUCCAGGAAAAAGGAGGUAAAGAGUUCACCUAAAAUAACCAAAACACACACACAGUCACAGUGGUGUCACCGCCUGAAAAAUACCCAGGUGAUAGGAUAAGAAAUU